AUCACAAUGAUGAAGUUGUUGGCAUUGACCAUCUUGGUGGUGACGAUCGGAUCUCUUGUUGAGGCUAAGCCCAGCUUCCGCCAACUUGUUUUGGGUGGUGGCAAAGCUGACGAUUCCUGCGUCGGUCGGUGCGGAAUUGCCGGAACCGAUUUGACCAAGCCCUGCCAGUGCAAUCCAUCCUGCCAGACGUACAACGACUGCUGCGCCGAUUUUAUUGCCGUUUGCAACACUUGCGACGGACGAUGCACAGCCGGAUACGACAACAAAUGGCCGUGCCAGUGCAAUGCUGACUGCUCCAACUUCAACAAUUGCUGCCCGGACAAGCCUGAUCUCUGCGGAGGCACUGGUGGCGGAGCCGUUACUGAUGCCGAGCUUAAGGCUCUUUCCCAACAGCUCCACAUUGAUGACGUCAACGCUGUCCAGGGGAUCGUUUUGAACAUGCAAUCCACCACGACAUCUGGAAGCACAACCGACAAAGCUCCAUUGCCGUUGUUUUCGAGUGUUCCGGCUGAUGCUUUCUCCGGCCCGACCAUCAGUGCCCUUUUGGCACUUUUCGACAACUACGAUGAGAACUGCAAAGUAACUGAGGACAUCACAGCUGAGGAACAGAUUGAAAAUGACGCCUUCCUCGAUGCCAUUCUGGCCACCAGCGUCUUCCAACAGGCCCACCAGUUCCUCGUCUCUAAAGGUUUGGCCGAUGCGGAUAUUGCCGUCUUCAAGGAGUACCUGCGUCUUAUCUGGUUGGGCCAGUACAACCGAGGAGGCGGAAUCGAAGGCUCUUCCGGCCUGGAACACGUUUUCCUGGGCGAGAAGAACGGCAACAGCAUUUCCGGCUACCACGGCUGGAUCAAGUAUUACCAGGAUGAGUUGGCCGGAAAGAUGAACUACCUGGGCUACAUGGUCAAACUCGAUCUCGGAGUGAGCUCCGUCAUUGAAAUGCCAAUGAGCUGGGACGGUAUUUACAAGUCCAUCAGCUCCAUCUCCGUGUCCGGCAGCCCCGAAAUCGAAUUGGCAUUGGCCACCGUCUGUUUCCUGGCCAGGCCCAACGCCAAGUGUCCACUUUCUGGCGCCGAUGGAACUGCUUACGCCUACCAGACUUACACUUUGGCGUACAAUGGCAACACCUACGUCGGUAGCGCUUACCCCACCUAUUAAAUAGAAAAAAGCCAAACAUAAUCAAACGAUGUGAAUAAAUAAGAAAAAAUACGCAUUACCCAAUGAACCUGCCGAUAUUGAAAAUUAUAAGCUGCCGUUAUUGUGUGACAAUUGAAUAGCAGACGAGUCGCUGGUUAAUCAUUUUCAAUAUACUGUUUUUGUGUGCCAUUGAA